CCGCGUUGGCGGCGCGGAGCCCGAGGCGCGACACGGCACACCGGCCCCGACGGCUCCCCGUGACGUCACUUCCCGCCGCCGCCACCGCCGCGCCCGCCCCUCACGGCGGGUGUCCCCGAUGGCGGCGGUGGCGGUGGGGGGGGCAGGCGGCGGUGCGGCGGCGGCGCUGGGCGACGGCGGUGGCAUCGACUACUCGGUGCACGAAGCGUGGAACGAGGCCACCAACGUCUACCUGCUGGUGGUGCUGGCCAGCCUCGCGCUCCUCGUCUACGCGCGGCGGAACAAGAGGAGGAUCAUGCGCAUCUUCACCCUGCCCCCAGCCGCCGAGACGCCGCCCGAGCCCAACUUCUACGACAGUAUGAAGAAGAUCCGGCUGCGGCAACAGCUGGAGAUGUACUCCAUCGCAAGGAAGUAUGAACAGCAGCAGCAGCAGCAGCCACCAAAGCAGGCUGAAAGUGUACAGCUCUCAGUGGAGUGAAGCCCACAGCUGUAGGAACUCAGGAGACAUUUCCAGUGCUGAUGAUAAGAGCCAGUGUGGAGCUAUUUCCAACGCCUCUUAAUUGGUGCACAGUGGAAGGCAAGGGGGAAGGGAAGGGGACUCUCCUAAAAAGUUUGCUCUCUGUAGCUUUUCUCUGAGCCCCGUGCAGUAAACUGAGGGCCUACUGAAGCAUUCAGCAUGAAAGCACCCAACACAGGGCAGACCUGCUCAGAGAGACCUUUGAGGGUACAGAGGUGCAGUCUUACCCACGUUUUAAAUUAUUUCUCUCUGCUGGCACCUUGGAAAUUAGCUCCUGCCUUCUCUGGUAAUGGCGCCCUAGAGAAAGCAAGGCGGUACCUGUCUGCCUGCAAACCCUUCUGUUCGAUUCAGUUUUGAAUUUGCUGAAUGCAUUCAGUGAAUGUGAACGAAGACACUGUGGCCUUACUGCCUGGUGAAGGGGAACAGCGUUGGGAGCCCGGAGUGCCACUGGUGGCAGUGCAGAAAGGUUCUGCUCUGUGUUUAUUUGGGGGGUGUGGAAGCAAUACUGUGAAGCUUUCCUGGAGGAACUUUGGGACUGAGAAGUACACAGUGAAUUGCAUGUCUGGAAGACACUUAAAGCCAAUACGAUACUGUUAAUAGCAAAGGUGGUUAGCUUAAUUUAGUCCAAUUGCUCUAAAGAAUGGGAUUGUCUAAAGAAAUUUGUACAAACAGGAAGAUUGCAACUUAGAAGAGACAUCACUCCCGUUUUUAUUUUCUAGGUAAAUCACAGAAUCGGUUAAUUUAAAGAAUAUUGCAGAAAUUACUUAAUAAAAGCAUCUAAUCAUGAAAACUA